CUGACCGGCCAAGUGGUAACAAUGUUUCUGUAUCAAGAGUAGGGGGGGCAGAAAGGAAGGCAGGUCUCUCUUUUCUUUCUUUUUGCAAAAGGAAAAAAAAAGGCAUUGAAGGCAAAAAAGGGGGAUUAAAAUAAAGCAGAAAGGGAGAGAGAGAGUGAGUGAGAGAGCGUGCAGCGGUAAGGCUUAAAAGAAUCCACAGAGGUGGGGAAAAGAACCUUUUUAAAAUAUAUAUAUACACAGAGGGAUUUUUUGUUUGUUUUUGGUGCCACCAGGAAAAUAAUAAAACCUCAAGGAAAAGACAACACGGGGGUCUCAUCUAUUACAAACAGAAGCAGAAGAAUCACAAGGCAUCUUUUCUCUGCUUUGAAAAAACAACAACCCAAACCCGGGAGCAAGUUUUAAGUCCUCGUUCUUUGGGGGCGAUUCCUCCCCCCCCACUUUCUGCAAGAAAUUCAUCUCAUCUUUUCAGGCAAUUUGCAGGAGGAAAGCCCCCGACAAGGUUUUUAUUUCAUUUCAUGUAUUAUUAUUAUUUUAAACUUCUUUUUGGAAACCAGGAAUUUGUUUUGAAUGCAAAGUUGUCGGUUGGUUGCCUUUUUAUUUAUUUUUUCAAAUGAUAUGCUAGGAUGGGCAGCUCUCCAUAGACGAGCGAGCAUCUCAAAGUUUGCUUGCUGACUCCACAGCAAUUCCCCCCCCCCCCCGAAGAGUGGGGAGAUUCUGGAUCAGUUGUACGACAUGCCGAGGUUCCCUGCUGUAACCUCUCAGCCGCCGUCUGCUUCCUCCAGUAUUUUUGAGCCCAAGUUAUCCAGUUUCUUAGAGAUGGAACCUCUCGCCUCCCUGCUCCCUUUAUGAAGAGUUUGAGAGAGCUGGAAGUAACCGAGACCCUGGGACCCGAAAGUUGCAGCGAUGUCUUUUUAGGGAGUGUGGGGUCUGGAAGACCCACGCCACACCCUAUCUGUUCCUAGAUAACACAUAUCUCUUGUUAUCUAUUAAUAAGCCUUCUGUUGCAAAAGCAAAUUCUGAUCGCCCCCAACACCACCCCUACCAAUGCGCACUUGCAAAGCGCUGAUUUGCAGUAUAUUUUGGCUACCAGGACGCUUGACUACACCCGCCACCUUUCACGAGAAAGGAAGGACCAUUCUGCCAGCCAGAGCUAUUGGGAUUCUCCACCAUGGAAUGAAUUAGGGAUGUGCGUGUGAUAGUUUGCAGAGAGAGAGAGAGAUAAAGAGAAGUGAAAGGAGGAGGAGGAAAGACACAGGAAAAAGUCUGGACUGUCCAGGGGAGACCUAACAUCCCCGAAAAAGGCACUCACUCGCACACCGAAAGAGCUAUCCGUCAGAAAGCGCGCGUGCAAAGUGCAAUGACCUGGUUGCUUUUUUCCUAAACACACAAACACACAGAGAAAAAAGCCCACAGCUUUUCGGGGAACAAAAGAAAGAAAGGGAGAAGAGGAGGAAGAAAGUGGAGGAGAAGUGGGGUACGAUGCCGAGUUUGGAGGUAGCUGCGUUGCUGGUGACCCUGGUUGGGGUUUGCGUGUGGACGGACGACAGCAGCAAAAUUAUCUCAGAUCGCUAUGCGGUGUACUGGAACAAAAGCAAUCCCAGGUUCCACCAGGGCGACUACACAGUGGAGGUGAGCAUCAACGACUACCUGGACAUCUACUGCCCUCAUUACGAGCUCCCGUUCCCCAUGGACCACAUGGAGAGAUACAUCCUCUACAUGGUCAACUACGAGGGCCAUGACUCCUGCGACCACCGCCAGAAUGGCUUCAAGCGCUGGGAGUGCAACCGGCCCGACUCUCCCAAUGGGCCGCUGAAGUUCUCCGAGAAGUUCCAGCUCUUCACCCCAUUUUCGCUGGGCUUUGAAUUCCGACCGGGGCAUGAGUAUUACUACAUAUCGGCGACGCCACCAAACUUGGUCGACAAACCCUGCUUAAAGCUGAAGGUUUACGUGCGGCCAACAAAUGAUUCUCUCUACGAAUCUCCAGAGCCGAUAUUUACCAGCAAUAACUCCUGCCACAGCUUCCGGGUCCCAGAGACUUUCUUUGUGGUGGUGGUGGUCCCGGUUUUCUGGACUAUCCUGACGUCCUAGCCCUGCUAGGUGAGGACCGAAGAGGAAGAAAACUGGAGCUCUUUUCAGCAGCCGCU